UAAUGAGUCAGCACAUAGCUUCAAAUCCAAUAAUUAAAUAACUUUGCUAAAAUCAUCCAACAGAAUAAUUUACAAACUUUUGCUAAAAUCCUGAAUGCUUAAAACCUUUGUGUCCAGAAUGUAUUGAAUCUCAUACUAAAUAUCAUUAACAAGUUUAAACAAGCGCCGAUAUUGACAGUUUUAAAAAUGUUAAAUAACAAUGUUUAAGAAAGGUUAGCACUGGAAUAUAAGAAAUACAGAAAAUUAUUUAAGAUGCUGAUUAAUAUGGAUUAAAUGAUAAUGAUGAUUAAACUAUUAGAGAAAUACAAAAAGGAAAGGAAAUUGCUAUUUCUUUAGUAAACUCACAUUUUUCUGCUUUAGAAGAAUAGUAUAAAUAAUAUUUAGAAUAAUAAUCGAAUUAUGUAUAAACAUUUAAUCAAUUGCAAGAAAGCAUUAAAAAUACAAUGAAUGAACUAGAGCAUCUAAAUGUUGGUNGUAUUAGCUUAUCAAAUAAUCAUAUUAGAAAGAAAAAAUCAAUAAAAUCAUGAUUAAAGAAUAAAUAAAAUUACACCAGAUUUAAUGUUGAAAUAUUGUACUGUUACAUCCUAAUAAUUAGAUUAAGUUUCUAAGGCUGUAAAUAUGAAAGUAUUAAAUAAUUAAAUAUUUUUAUAGAAUUCAGUUGACCCAUAAAAACAAGAUAUUUGUCAAUAAAUUUUACAAAGAAUUAAAGAACAUAAAUUACCAUUUAAUGAAUAUGAAAUAAUGGGAAUUUAUGAUAUUCCUUCAAGACUGUUGGAUAAAACUGUAAUUAAGGGUGAAAAACAAUCAACAAUAACUUGGUAAUUAUUGAAAAUUAACAAUUUAGUGUUGUUGAAUAUAUGGUAGCUUAAUUAUCUAGUAAUCCUGAAUUAAAUAAAUUAACACUUGAUUAUUUGGCCUAAUUGAAUGAUGUAACUAAAGACACUGCCAAAAAAUUAUGGAAUACAAUUAUUGAUCAUUAAGGUUUGUAAAAUCUUAUAUGCAAAUGGUAAGGAUAAAGACCAAUAUCAGACCUCAAACAUAUAUAAUGAAAAAUUAUUAUUAUUACAAG